UGGUCGUCGAGUCAGCCGGAAGCCGUCGCGGCGCUGACACCGCACUCCCAUCGCUUACAUUUUAAAAGAAACUUCGAAACUAACUCAAACAAUGGACGUGGAGGAGUUCCGUGUACGAGGAAAGGAGAUGGUGGAUUAUAUCUGCACGUAUAUGACCACCUUGCGAUCGAGGCGGGUGACGCCGUCGGUAGAGCCGGGAUACUUACGGACUGAGCUGCCUACUGAGCCGCCUUACCACCCGGAGUCAUGGGACGAGGUCAUGAGCGACGUGGAGAAGAAGAUCAUGCCGGGGGUAACGCACUGGCAGCACCCGCGUUUCCACGCGUAUUUCCCCUCGGGAAACGCAUACCCGUCGAUACUUGGUGACAUGCUGUCGUCUGGCAUCGGAUGUAUUGGAUUUUCUUGGGCGGCCAGUCCCGCUUGUACUGAACUGGAGAUCAUCAUGCUAGAUUGGAUGGGAAAAGCUAUAGGUUUACCUCCGGCUUUUUUGGCACUUGAAGAAGGAAGCAAGGGUGGCGGUGUAAUAGAAGGGUCGGCUAGUGAAUGCGUUCUUGUAUCAAUGCUGGCCGCCAGAGCAAAUGGCAUUAAAAGAUUGAAACACCAAUUUCCAAACGUAGACGAAGGACUGUUGCUAUCAAAAUUGAUCGCUUAUUGCUCCAAAGAAGCACAUUCGUGUGUCGAGAAAGCAGCAAUGAUCUGUUUCGUUAAGCUUCGUAUUCUGCAACCCGAUGAACAUGGAUCCUUAAGGGGUGAUACUUUAAAAGAGGCGAUGGAAGAAGACGAAGAAGCCGGUCGCGUGCCCUUUUUUGUGGCGACAACAUUGGGUACGACGUCGUGCUGUUCGUUCGACAAUCUUCCGGAGAUUGGUCCGGUCGUACGCAAGUUUCCAUGUGUGUGGCUGCACGUCGACGCCGCUUACGCCGGCAGCUCCUUCCUCUGCCCCGAGCACAAACAUCAUCUUGCUGGAGUUGAAUACGCAGACUCUUUCAACACCAAUCCUAAUAAACUCAUGCUAACUGCCUUUGAUUGUUCACUGUUAUGGGUCACCAAUCGCUACUUGCUGACGUCAGCGCUUGUCGUCGACCCACUUUAUCUCCAACAUUGCUACGACCAUACUGCGAUCGACUAUCGUCAUUGGGGCGUACCACUAAGCCGGAGGUUCCGAUCACUGAAACUGUGGUUCAUGCUGAGGAGCUACGGCAUUAGCGGCUUACAGAAAUAUGUGCGAAGACAUUGCGAGUUAGCCAAGUAUUUCGAAAAAAUGGUGAAAAAAGACGACAGGUUUGAAGUAUGCAACCAAGUGAAGUUGGGGCUAGUGUGUUUCCGCCUCGUCGGUGGGCCUGACGAAACGACCGAGCACGUCGAUGAGUUAAAUAAGAAAUUGUUGACUAAUAUCAACGCUUCCGGAAAAUUACACAUGGUACCAGCGUCGGUCCGCGAUCGCUUUGUCAUCCGAUUUUGCGUUGUGACUCAACACGCCACCCGUGAAGAUAUUGAAACUGCCUGGGACAUCAUUACGGACUUUGCCACAGAGUUGUUGGAGGGACCGGAUAAAGAGAGAGAUUUGAACGAAGAGCGCGCGCGUCGCAACCGCGCCGCACUUGCCCACAAGCGUUCGUUCUUCGUGCGUAUGGUGAGCGACCCGAAGAUCUACAACCCAGCGAUCAACAAGACCCCACCCCCGGUGGCGACGUCGCCCGUGUCGCCCCCCGCCGCAGCGCCCGCCACGCCCGACACUCCUUCCGACUCCGGCUCCCUGCAACUUCAACCACCUACCCCAAAGCAAUCAUCUUGGAUCAGCUGGCCCCUUGGGUUCUUUUUCCAGAGUGUUGAUCAUGAUGCCAACGACUUGCCGCUAAGAUUCCGGCAUUUAGACACAAUGGUGCGUUUGAAGAGUCCCGGGACCCCGAGCCGCAGAGGGUCCUCGCCCUGCGCAUCUCCCGAACACCGCGCCUCUUCGCCAAACCAUUGACCGACCAGUAUUCGAUAGCCGGACCUUCUCAAUAUAUAUUUAUCUUAAAUAUAUACUCCCUUGAGCAUUUAAAAGCGUUUUAAUACUUAUAUUCUUCAGUGUUGCGAUACCAAAACUAUUUGAUAUUUAUUGGUUAAUCAUAUAAAACUUUACAUCAUGA